CAACUUGUUUUAAACAUGUUAUUUUUAAGUAAGCAUGACAAUUAAAAUGAAUUGGAGCAUUUGGAGGGAUCGUAUUUCCUGGAUGUAUAUAUAUAUAGAAGCUACAACUCUUGAUUAAUGUGAAAGUUGAGUUUUCCCACAAGAUGGGUGUGUUUGGUUAUUGCAUUUUUGUUGUUCUUAGUUUAAUUGUGAAUGAGUCAGUUUUAUGCAAUGCUGGAGUCACCAGUAGUUUUGUUAGGAAGGUUGAGAAGACAAUUGAUAUGCCUCUGGAUAGUGAUGUCUUCCGUGUUCCUCCUGGAUAUAAUGCGCCUCAACAGGUUCAUAUAACACAAGGAGAUCACGAGGGAAAGGCGGUAAUUGUUUCAUGGGUGACAAUGGAUGAACCUGGUUCAAGUACAGUAGUAUACUGGAGUGAGAAAAGCAAGCUAAAGAAUAAGGCCAAUGGAAAAGUUACUAACCAUAAGUUUUAUAACUAUACAUCUGGUUACAUCCACCACUGUACUAUCAAACAUUUGAAGUUCGAUACCAAAUACUACUAUAAGAUUGGGAUUGGGCACGUAGCACGAACCUUCUGGUUUGUAACUCCUCCAGAAGUUGGGCCUGAUGUUGCCUAUACAUUUGGUCUUAUAGGGGAUCUUGGUCAGAGUUUCGAUUCAAACAAGACACUCACACAUUAUGAAUUAAAUCCAAUCAAGGGGCAAGCAGUGUUGUUCGUAGGGGACAUAUCUUACGCAGAUAGGUAUCCAAAUCAUGACAAUAACAGAUGGGAUACAUGGGGGAGGUUUGCAGAGAGAAGUACUGCUUAUCAACCUUGGAUUUGGACCGCAGGGAAUCAUGAGAUAGAUUUUGCUCCUGAAAUUGGAGAAACAAAGCCCUUCAAGCCCUAUACUCAUCGGUAUCAUGUUCCAUAUAAAGCAUCAAACAGCACAUCUCCACUUUGGUAUUCAAUCAAGCGAGCUUCAGCAUAUAUCAUAGUUCUAUCCUCAUAUUCAGCAUUUGGUAAAUACACUCCUCAAUAUAAAUGGUUAGAGAAAGAACUACCAAAGGUUAACAGGAGUGAGACUCCGUGGCUGUUUGUUUUAGUACAUUCUCCAUGGUAUAACAGCUACAACAAUCACUUUAUGGAAGGGGAAACCAUGAGAGUAGUGUAUGAGCCAUGGUUUGUACAGUACAAAGUGGAUAUGGUUUUUGCAGGUCAUGUUCAUGCUUAUGAACGAACGGAACGGAUAUCUAAUGUGGCCUAUAACGUUGUCAAUGGGGAAUGCAGCCCUAUUAAAGAUCAAUCUGCUCCAAUUUAUAUAACAAUAGGCGAUGGAGGAAAUCUUGAAGGCCUAGCCACCAACAUGACGGAGCCACAACCAGCUUACUCUGCAUUCCGCGAGGCCAGUUUUGGACAUGCCACUCUGGCGAUCAAGAAUAGAACUCAUGCUUAUUAUAGUUGGCAUCGUAAUCAAGAUGGAUAUGCUGUGGAAGCUGAUAAAAUAUGGGUUAAUAAUCGUUUUUGGCAUCUAUUUGAUGAGCCCACAGCAGCCAAAUCAUGAUGAUAUACAUGAAAUCUCAUCUUUCUUUUCUUUCCUUUUCCAAUGUAGCAUUCUGUAAUUUUGUUUCUUAUAGUCUGAAACCAAUAAAUUUCAUCAUUUCAAGCUCAUGCUGCCUCAUAAUUUAUACAGCGUACAUGUUGGGUCCUUAUGAGGAAAACAAAAUAAAGUCAUUACAGAAAAUUGAAUUGGACAUAUAUGCAUGUAUUCAUAGUUACUCAUUUAUCCAAGUUGACUAUUGAUCAGUUGCAAACGUUA